AUCCUCGCCUGGCUUGCUUACUUGUAUUGGUAGCAGUUGGUGCACUGAUAUCAGACACAGUCUAGUCCAGUGGCUAGUCGUGCAUUUGGUUCACCAUAGAAUGAUCAACGCGAAAACGGUGUAAAUACUGCGGAAAUAUUUUGUUCUUUGCCUACGCGUGCUUGUAAGUAACAGUUAGUUGUGUGAGAUCGUAGUGACCCACCGUUCCGCAACACAUCUGUUGCAGAGCCACCCCGUGUCGCUCCAGUUUAGGGCACAGCACGAGGGAGAGCAAAGAAAAAAGGCUUGGCGCUGAAGCAGAGGGGAGUAUCGUGUCACUGGCCACGACUAUUCCAUUCGCGUUUGGCCUUGUAAUUCGUCUGCAGCCAUGACGGAGUACAAGUUGGUAGUUGUGGGAGCGGGUGGUGUCGGAAAGAGCGCACUCACCAUCCAGCUCAUACAGAACCAUUUCGUCGAGGAAUACGAUCCAACUAUUGAGGAUUCCUAUCGCAAGCAAGUGGUCAUUGACGGUGAAACAUGUCUACUGGACAUUCUCGAUACGGCAGGGCAGGAGGAGUACAGUGCUAUGAGAGAUCAGUACAUGCGCACGGGAGAGGGCUUCUUGCUGGUGUACGCGAUCAACAAUGACAAGUCUUUCGAAGACAUCUCAACCUACCGAGAUCAGAUUCUUCGUGUCAAGGAUGUCACAGAGUCAGAAGGUGUACCAAUGAUGCUUGUAGGCAACAAGGCUGAUCUGCGCCGUGAUGUGGAGCUGGAGCGAGCUCAGCAGCGAGCUAAAUCCUAUAAUGUCCCAUUCGUUGAGACGUCAGCUAAGACUCGGCAAGGAGUGGACGAUGCCUUCUUUGGACUAGUGAGAGAAAUUCGGAAAUAUAAGCAAAACAAGGGCAACACGAAAGCGAAGGCCAAGCCGAAAAGAUUCUGCAUGUUGCUGUAAAGGCACCCACCCGCCCACCUGGACACGAGGACAUCUGCAUGGGGUUUGAGGUUUGCUUUGCUGUUGAAUUUGUGUAGCAGCAGCAGCAACAGUAGUUUUGCAUGCGCAAAAGCAAAUGAGAGAAUGUAGUCAGCUGGAAGAUGAUUCCAUCAUGCAGCACUCUCCAAGGCUUUGGUUUUGCUUGCAUCACCGCUCCGAAAGCCGAUGACACCUGCAGCCAGUGUUGCGCUUCUGACUUUUGUCAACCUGUGAUUUGCGUGAUUGUGUACAUACGGACCGUGUCGGUUUACCAAGGCAUGUCUGCUGGCCUGAAUGUUUGCCCGCGUUGGAAGUCAUUUCACCCAUGCUCCUGCUCAUGCUAUUUCCUUUUGACCCCCGUGCAUCCCGUUGUGUAACACUGCAUGUAGUAAGUUAGUGGACAACGUGAGUAGCACCGGCAGGUUACGUACUGCUGUCAUUAGAGUAGACCUCUCAAUGUCUCUAGUUCCAAUUCAUAGUGUAGAUUUUUUACUCUAACUUCAACGUUGGGAAUCUGUUCUAGCUGUCCGGUACAGUUAAAAUGUUCCUGCCAAGAAUGCUGAAUGCCAUGUGACAUAUUCUUUUCUUAUCAUUAGCCGGUGCCACGUGGAGCAUAGUCAGCUCCGCUAAUUCCUGCAAGCGUCUCGUGUCGCAGAACACUCUCUCCCA